AUGAAUUCUGCAUCAAAGCAGAUUGACCAGCUCACGGAGCAGAAUACGGCGCUCCGGUGGGAUCUCGAUGGCGUAAAAACGUAUCUCGAGCAGUUCCAGGACUGGUCCUUUGAACUUAAAAACUCUGUCGACUCGAUCGCUAGCAGUUGCAAGCAGCAAAAGGACGACGGUUCGGAACGGAGACUAGCUCUGCGACCAAGAAGGGAGACAGCAUCGGUUUAA